ACACGAAGUUAUGUAUGUAAAUGCAGCAUUAGUGUCCGUAACGUGACAAGACUUGUGGGCCCCAAGAAUGACAUAUUUCUUCAUUCAAUAAACAAGCUGCAGGAGGGUGGAACAGUCUUGUGCUGCCGAGUGUCCUCCGCGAGUGGAUUAACACAAGUGGAAGAACGGAAGGAAGCAUGGGUUCAUGUUCAUGAGGAGUCCAGAUCAGUGGAGUGAUGGGAGCCACACUACUGUGCUGUCUCUUCUUCAUCUUCAGUCUCGCUGCAGCACGGGGCCUUGAAUAUGCCUUAAAAGGUCACGAGAUCUACAUCAAGCCGCCAGACUUUUUUCCUCCAGAGAAGAUUUUUUGGAGACAUAACGGCAAAGAAGUUGUCAUGGUCAACGGCAGAGAAAUACAGGAAUACGGCUCGUACAAAGGCAGAAUCAUGCUGAACCGGUAUUCUGCAGAGCUCUGGAUCAAAGGUGUUCGGUUUGAGGAUGGAGGAGAAUAUGAGUUGGAGGUUUGGCACAAAAACCAGGAGAAUCCAGUACAAAAGAUGUUUUAUCAUUUUGAGGUCAUUGCUAAAGUCUCCAUCACCGAUGUUUCCUGUGAGAUGGAUGGUGACCACCAGGCAAAGCUGGUCUGCUCUGCUGAGUCCAGUCACCCUCAGUUACUGACCUUUGAAUGGAGCUUCGAUGGAACUCAACAUCCUGGAUCCACGCUGAAGAUUGGCCUGAACGAAGAUGACAGGAGGGUGUUCACCUGUCAUGUGAAGGACCCUCUGAGCGAAGACAAAGCUACAUUAGCAGCAGGCAAAUGUUUCCCAGCACAGAUGGUUUCUAUUAACGCCUUCACGAUGUUCGUCGAAGUUGGUGUCGUCGUUGGUGUCGUCGUUGGCAUCUGUGCUGGCGUCGGCGCGGGCGCCGGUGCUGGCCCCGGCAGCGUCGUUGUCGGCGUCGGCGUCGGCGUCGGCAUCGGCGUCAUCGUCGGCGGCGUCUGCGGCGUUGUCGUCGGCAUCGUCGUCGCUGCCGGCGUCGCAGCCAUCGUCGCUGCUGCCGGUGCCAUUGGCGGCGCCGUUGUCGCCAUCGCCGCCGUUGUUGCCGUCGUCGCCACCAUCGUGUCAAUCUUUGCUGUGCUCCUGAUUGUGGACCUUGUGUCCAGGAGGAGACGUAAAGGCUUAUCUGUGAACCAGGCCAGAGAAGAACAUCCUCUUCUGAAUAAAGUUUCUUCAGAGGAGAAGUUAGUCAGGCAGGCGGUCAAGGCUUCAAGUGAAGUUGUACUGAGACACUGUGGACUGACAGAGAGAAGUGGUUCCCUUCUGUCCUCGGUCCUCAGCUCUCCGUCCUGUCGUCUGACACAACUGGACCUGAGCUACAACUAUGACCUGAAGGAUCCAGGAGUGGAGCUGCUGUCUGCUGGACUGAAGAGUCCACACUGUCACCUGGAGACUCUCAGCCUGAGCUGCUGUGAACUGUCAGAGAGAAGUGGUUCCCUUCUGUCCUCAGUCCUCAGCUCUCCGUCCUCUCGUCUGACACAACUGGACCUGAGCUACAACUAUGACCUGAAGGAUCCAGGAGUGGAGCUGCUGUCUGCUGGACUGAAGAGUCCACACUGUCACCUGGAGACUCUCAGGUCAGAACACAUCAUGUGUCCAGCUUCAGAGCUGAAUUGUGAAAGUCAGAGGUGGAGACUCCAGCUGCAGAGAGUCAACAGACCAGAAUUAAAUCAUUGCAACACAUGGAGUUCAAUGAACUGAACCCUGAGUUGGAUGAGACUGUGAAGCAGAAAAAUUUAUUUCCGUCCCACGUUCCAGCAAACACACAGCAGCAUCUUCCAUCUCCAUGCGGUUCCAGGGAUCAAACGGACCAGAGAGAAGAAAGAGUCUGGUCAUAUCUGCCCCUUUUUAAUGAGCCUUCUUUCCCCAGUCAGAGUGUCAGCUUCAGGUUUUCCUCAGUGAAGUCCAUUCUGUUGUCCAGAGUCCUGUAAGUUCACUUCAAUGAAGUGAGUCAGAUACAGAAAGAGCCUGAGUAGAAAUGACUGGAAAACUAGACUGUGAGUGGAUCACUGGUGUUUUGGAGCGUUCCACUUCUCUGUCCAUCUUCUGAGGACUUUAGGUGGUUUGUGGACGUGUGACUCAGUCAUGACUCCUCACUCUUGUUCCUGUUCCCCUGGAAUGUAGAAGAAACCAACAACCGAACAAUGAAUGACCAGCUGCAACUAGUUUGAUGAACUAACAGCAGCAGUGGAGUAACUGAGCUAAAUGAUAGAUAGAUAGAUAGAUAGAUACUUUAUUGAUCUCUG